AUGACGGGCGGCCUCGUGCAGAACGAACGGAUUCAACAGGUUUUCCACCUGAGCCGGAUGAUGAGCAGCACUCCCAUCAGUGGUUUUCGUUUUUUGUCUCCGCUCUCCUCCAUCAUGCUGUUUCGAGCUCUGCUCCAGACGUCGCUGGUUCUCUGGUUGGCUCAGCAAACUCUGCAAGGCGGGGUUAAACCUCAGAGUGUAUCCUGGAGCAGAGUGCUGCCAGCCAGAGGUGUCGGCGUUGGACUUAGACCAGGAGUUGCAGGAGCCCUUGGAGCUAUGGGGAAUCGUUAUGGCAACAAAGCGAUGAAGGCUGGAAUUGGUCGUUAUCCUGGGGCUCAGCUCGGUCUUGGGGGUUACAGAUCUCUUGGAUUAGGAGGAAGAGCAGGCAUGAGGCAAGGUGGAUAUGGAGCCCAGGGAGCCUAUGGUGCCAGCCUGGGCACAGGAAUGGGAAUGGGGACUGGAUUUAACGGACUGGGCUUGGGCCAGGGAGGGAAACGAGUUUAUGGGGCUGGCCUCGGCACUGUGCCAGGAUAUGGGGCUAUGGCUGGCAUGGGCUAUCCUGGAGCCCGACCAGGAAUUGGACUCGGGUAUCCCACUGGACAGAGGGCUGAGGAACAAAUGCCCGGUGUGUCUGCAGCAGAAAUGGGGGGACCAGAGCUGGCCAGUCUGGGCCAAGCUCUUCAAGAUCUGAGGAGAGAAAAGGGCAGAGUACUUGGUCUCUUGAAGGGGAAAGGAGACAAAGGUUUUGUUCCUGAAACACCAGUUGGAGGUGGCAGUAUUCUUGGUCCUACUGCACCUGAGUUACUGGCUGGAGGAGUCCACAGCCUCGAGCCGUUAGUAAAGUCAUCAAAUCUUGGAUCUACGAACCCUUUUGAUAAACCGAGUAAAAAUCUUGGUCUUGCUGCUUCACAAGCACAAGGAAGAGACAGUCAUGAGCCUACUGUCUUGAAAAGAAAGAUCACCACAGGCCAUGGAGUCACACUGGCAGCUGGAGGAGUAAGACAGCAGCUGCCUCUGAAUCAAGACAACAUCAGAAACCCGAUCUCCUCUCAGGCACAGAGUGCUGGACACUACGAUUUAUUGAUUCAACAAAAUCAGCGACCCACAAACUGUGGAUCCACUCGUGAUUUGUCCGAGGUAUCAGGAAUCAAUCACCGUGAGAUUUUGGGAUCAGAAAGGACUCAGCUUCACUUUGGUAAAGGCAACAAACAUCUCGGACAUGCAGAUCCACAAGCACAAAGAGAGAAAGCCUAUCCACUGCCUCAAGAUCUCCCAGGUUAUAUGGGUGGAGCGGGAAACUACCUGGGAGCCAGCCUGGGCGCUGGAGGCUACGGAGCAGGUUUGGGGCAGGGAGCAUACCUGGGUGGUGCUGCUGGCAGACAUGGAGCUGCCGCUGCACUCGGACAGGGUGGGUAUCCUCAAGGUGUUCCAGGCUAUGGUGACGGAGCAACCGGGCUGCUUGGUGCUGUUGGAAAUGGCUACGGUGGCGACGCUGCAAAAGCUUUGGCUGCAGCAGGUUACGGGAAUGGUUACAGCGACGGUUACGGAGCUGGGCUUGGUUACCCAGCACACUUAGCUGAUGGGGCUGAGAACAAAGCAGGGAAGAAUAAAGCCCUCAACACAGGAGGCUACGCCGGGCAGGCCCAGGGAGGAUAUGGAGCACUUGGUGCAGGGUUAGAAUCAACUAGUGGCAAAUAUGGAGCAGGAGCUGCUCAGGUUCCUUAUGGGAGCGCUCCAGUGAUUCCUACUGGACUGGAAGGUGAAGGGGGCUAUCCGUACGGCGCUCAGUCGCUCAGCCUCAGCGCUGAAGGUGCUAAAACCUCUAACAAAUAUGGUUAUGGUGCACAGCUGGGAGCGACUCAAGAUGCGAUGGGAGAGCAGGCUGGCAAAUAUGGUGGAGUUAACGGUGCCCUUGGAAAUGGAUACAAAGGCUAAUUCAAAUGACCCGAACCUCUUCAAGUGGAUAAUUUCCCUGAUGUGUUCACUGUAAUCUGUUCUAAAAGCCUUUUGUGUGUGUGUUUCG